GAUUUCUUUAUGCCUUUUCGGUUUUGGUAGGUGGAGGUAAUCGCGAUCAUGGCCUCUGAUAGGAGGGAAUGUCCGCCCGCCCCAGGCUGGCUGCAGUGUGGGUGGUUGCAGACGGGAGAGCCCGGGUGGGUUUUGCCUGGAAAGUGAAACUACCGAGGGUCUCCUCUGCAGCGGCCAGAGGUGGAAGGAGGGAGCCAGCGGCGGGAUGGAGGCAUCUCAGGAAUUGGCAUCCAUUGGGAAAAUCUGCAAGCCUCUCUCCACUCAGAGCUCCAGGACCAAUGUGUCUUCCCGCCACCUUAAACCACUGAGCCAUCCGGAACCACAGCUGUAGAACGCUUGCCCCACAGCCAGUAUGAGUUCUGAGUGUGAUGUUGGAAGCUCUAAAGCUGUUGUGAAUGGCUUGGCACCUGGCAGCCAUGGGCAAGACAAAGCAACUGCCGACCCUUUACGUGUUCGUUCUAUCUCUGCUGUUAAAAUAAUUCCUGUGAAGACAGUGAAAAGCCCUUCAGGCCUAGUACUUCCUCCAGACAUGGACCCUACAAAAAUCUGCACUGGAAAAGGCACAGUGACUCUUCGGGCCUCAUCUUCCUACAGGGAAACCCCAAGCAGUAACCCUGUGAGCCCUCAGGAAUCUCCGAAACAUGAAAGCAAGUCAGGCCUGGAGCCAGAGGAGGACCCUUCAGCAGAUGAGUGGAGACUUUCUUCCCGGGGUGAUGCCAAUGGCAAUGCCCAGCCCUCCCCACUUGCUGCCAAGGGCUAUAGAAGCGUGCACCCCAGCCUUUCUACUGACAAGCCCCAGGAUGCCACCUCCUCCAGCCCAGCCCCGUCUGAGGUAAUAGUUGUCCCUCUCUACCUGGUUAAUACUGACAGAGGGCAAGAAGGCACUGCCACAACUCCAGCAUCUCUGGGGCCACUUGGCUGCGUCCACACUGUCCAGGCGACUACCCCUGCUGCCUCACCUCUGACCUUCCCGACAUUAGAUGAUUUCAUUCCCCCUCAUCUGCAGAGGCGCCCCCAGCACAGCCAGCCAGCCAGUGCUUGUGGCUCCCUUCCCCCUGCUAGCCAGAGGCCACCACCCUCACCACCACCUCCGCUGGUCCCUCCCAUACCGGAGGACCUCCACAGAGCCUUGGAGCCUGACCUCCCGGGAGCUGUCUCAAGUACCGGCAGUCCUUUAAUAAACGAAGUUUCUUCUUCCCAUGUUGAAACCGAUUCCCAAGCCUUCCUUCCAACAAGCAAACCGUCAUCUGCCUACCCCUCCACCACAAUUGUCAACCCCACCAUCGUGCUUUUGCAGCACAAUCGAGAACAGCAAAAACGACUCAGUAGUCUUUCAGAUCCUGCCUCCGAGAGAAGAGUGGGUGAGCAGGACUCAGUGCCAACCCCGACAGAACUCACCUCGCCCAGCAGGGCUGCCGAAAGGAGAGCAAAGGAUGACAGGAGGGUGGUGAAGAGUGCACAGGACCUACGCAAUGUGUCUAUGGAUGAAGUGGGCAUCCCACUCCGGAAUACCGAAAGAUCGAAAGACUGGUACAAAACCAUGUUUAAACAGAUCCACAAGCUGAACAGAGACACUCCUGAAGAAAACCCUUAUUUCCCUACGUACAAAUUCCCUGAACUUCCUGAAAUCCUGCAAAAUUCUGAAGAUGAUGAUUCUGACCUGCACACUCCUAGAUAUUCCUUCUCUGAAGACGCAAAGUCUCCCCUUUUUGUGCCUCGCUCAAAAAGUGAGAUGAACUACAUUGACGGGGAGAAAGUAGUGAAGAGGUCAGCCACACUCCCCCUCCCAACCCGCUCGUCUUCACUUAAGUCCAGCCCAGAGAGAAACGACUGGGAGCCCCCAGAUAAGAAAGUGGAUACGAGAAAAUAUCGAGCAGAGCCCAAAAGCAUUUACGAAUAUCAGCCGGGCAAGUCUUCCGUUCUGACCAAUGAGAAGAUGAGUCGGGAUAUAAGCCCAGAAGAGAUAGAUUUAAAGAAUGAACCUUGGUAUAAAUUCUUUUCGGAAUUGGAGUUUGGGAAACCGCCUCCCAAAAAGAUAUGGGACUAUACUCCUGGAGACUGCUCUAUCCUUCCUAGAGAGGAUAGGAAGACUAAUCUAGAAAAAGAUCUCAACUUCUGCCAAGCAGAGUUAGAGGCAGAUUUAGAGAAAGUGGAGACGGUUAAUAAGUCACCCAGUGCAAACUCGCCACAGAGCUCAGCGAUCAGCCCAACCCCGGAUUUUACAUCAGAGCCUCCUGGAUAUAUAUAUUCUUCCAACUUCCAUGCAGUGAAGAGAGAACCGGAUGGGACCCCCGGGGUCCUCACUAGCUUGGAGAACGAAAGGCAGAUUUAUAAAAGUGUCUUGGAAGGUGGCGACAUCCCUCUCCAGGGCCUGAGUGGGCUUAAGCGACCCUCCAGCUCAGCCUCCACUAAAGUGGAUCGUAAAGGCGGGAAUGCUCACAUGAUUUCUUCAUCAUCAGUCCAUAGCCGAACGUUUCACACUAGCAAUGCUUUAGGCCCUGGGUGUAAGCACAAGAAACCCCUGUCGGCUGCGAAAGCCUGCAUUUCGGAGAUCCUUCCUUCUAAAUUCAAACCCAGGCUCUCUGCUCCCAGCGCUCUUUUGCAGGAACAGAAGAGUGUCCUGUUGCCCUCAGAGAAGGCUCAGAGCUGUGAGAACCUUUGUGUUUCUUUGAAUGAUUCCAAAAGAGGCCUCCCACUUCGGGUUGGGGGAAGCAUCGAGAACCUGCUCAUGCGCUCCCGGAGGGAUUACGACAGCAGGUCCAGUAGCACCAUGAGCCUACAGGAGUAUGGCACCAGCGCCAGGAGGCCCUGCCCUCUUUCCAGGAAGGCCGGACUGCACUUCUCCAUGUUCUAUCGGGACAUGCACCAGAUCAACCGAGCUGGCCUCUCCUUAGGAUCCAUCUCCUCUUCAAGUGUGCGGGAUCUUGCCUCCCACUUUGAAAGGAGCAGCCUGGCAUUAGCCAGGGGUGAGCUGGGCGCUAGCCAAGAGGGCUCAGAGCACAUCCCCAAGCACACAGUGUCCUCCCGCAUCACUGCCUUUGAGCAGCUCAUUCAGCGGUCCCGCUCCAUGCCAUCCCUGGACUUCUCUGGCCAGCUGAGCAAAUCCCCCACACCUGUGCUGUCUAGGAGCGGCCUGAUUUCAGCUCGUUCAGCCGAGUCCCUCCUUGAGUCCACCAAGCUCCGUCCCAGAGAGAUGGACGGGAUGAACUCUGGAGGUGUCUAUGCAUCCCCCACUUGUAGCAAUAUGGCGGACCAUGCCUUGAGCUUCCGGAGCCUGGUGCCUUCUGAGCCCCUUUCUCUGUGUUCCGAUGAGCUAGACCGCUGUUCAAAUGUCUCCAAUGACAGCAGGGAGGGCAGCGGGGGCAGUGUUCAUGGAGACUUCCCCAAACAUCGCCUCAACAAGUGCAAGGGCACCUGCCCAGCCUCGUACACCCGCUUCACCACUAUCCGGAAGCAUGAGCAGCAGCGGUGCUCCAGGCAGCCAGACUGGCGCUCGGAUUCCAAGGGGGACAGGAACAGUCUCCUCAGAAACAUCUACCUGAUGAGCCCCCUCCCUUUUCGGUUGAAAACACCCCUCCAACACCACCCUAGACAGCCUCCCCCCAAUGACUCCUCAGGGCCCCCUGCCGGCCAAAAGGCAGAUGUCCCCAGCCAGGGCCCUCUGGACCAGCCCCACUCUGCUGCGAAACCCAUGGUCCCCACACGCCUGUCUUCCCGACACACCAUGGCAAGGCUUAGCCACAACUCAGAGCCCUCUCUGGACAGAUCCGCAGGCCUGGAGGAUUGCACAGGGGCCAUUAAUAACGGAAACCCCGUGCCCUACUCAGACCAUGGCAUGGACAGGAACAACAACCCACAAAGUGAACUGGCAGCGGCCCGUGGAGAUUCCGAGUCACCAAGACAUUUUAUACCAGCUGAUUACUUGGAGUCCGCAGAAGAAUUUAUCCGGAGACGGCAUGAUGAUAAAGAGAAACUUUUAGCGGACCAGAGACGACUUAAGCGAGAGCAAGAAGAGGCCGAUAUUGCAGCUCGACGUCACACUGGUGUCAUCCCGACACAUCAUCAAUUUAUCACUAAUGAGCGCUUUGGGGACCUCCUCAAUAUAGAUGAUACUGCAAAAAGGAAAUCUGGGUUAGAGAUGAGACCUGCCCGAGCCAAAUUUGACUUUAAAGCUCAGACACUGAAGGAGCUGCCUCUGCAGAAGGGAGACAUUGUUUACAUCUACAAACAGAUUGACCAGAACUGGUACGAAGGUGAACACCAUGGCCGGGUGGGGAUCUUCCCACGCACCUACAUCGAGCUUCUUCCUCCAGCUGAGAAGGCUCAGCCAAGAAAGCUGGCGCCUGUGCAGGUUUUGGAAUAUGGAGAAGCCAUUGCUAAGUUUAACUUUAAUGGUGAUACACAAGUAGAAAUGUCCUUCCGAAAGGGUGAGAGGAUUACGCUGCUCCGACAGGUGGAUGAGAACUGGUAUGAAGGGAGGAUCCCUGGGACAUCCCGCCAAGGCAUCUUCCCGAUCACCUAUGUAGAUGUGCUCAAGAGGCCAUUGGUGAAAAACCCGGUGGAUUACAUAGACCUGCCUUAUUCCUCCUCUCCAAGUCGCAGUACCACUGCGAGCCCACAGUGUACUAGUCACAGCAAGCUCAUCAUGCCAGCCCCUUCAUCUCUACCCCACCCCCGCCGAGCCCUCUCCCCUGAGAUGCGCGCCAUCACCUCUGAGUGGAUCUCGCUGACUGUCGGGGUCCCAGGCAGGCGUUCUCUGGCCAUGACACCACCCUUGCCUCCUCUGCCUGAGGCUUCUGUCUAUGACACGGACCGCUUGGCCUUGUCAGCGAGGGCCCGUCCCUCCUUGCCACUCAGCCUCCCCUGUGCAAGUCGGUCAGUGGUCUCCCCGCUGGCCCUGCCUCCACCCCACAAAGCCUACUCCCUGGCACCAGGUGCCCAGGCUCCUCUUCACAUCAAUGGAGAUGGUGGCAUUCACACCCACCAAGAUGGCUUCUCUCAGCCACCACUUGGGAACUCUGAUAGGGUCAUCUCAGAGCUUAGUGAUGCCUUUAGCAGCCAGAGCAAGAGACAGCCCUGGCGAGAAGAUGGACGUUAUGAGAGGAAAGCAGAGAGCGAGGCAGGUGAGAGAUACCCUGGUGGACCCAAGAUCUCUAAGAAGAGCUGCUUGAGACCUUCAGACGUGGUCAGGUGCCUGAGUUCUGAGCAGAGACUCUCAGAGUUCCACACUGCUGAUGACAGCCAGUCCUUCAAGCCUCUGGGUAGUCCUAUCCCAGCAUGGGAGGCUGGGCCACCAGAGCUUCACAGAGGUAUCGAGGCUGACAGGAAGGCUGCUCAGAGUGGUGUAAGCCAGGAAGCGGUUUGCAAUGAGAUCAUAAACAUUGCCGAGAAAUCUGUUCAUUACUGCAGCACUGUCUCUCAUCCCCUUGACUUCCAUCACAAGGUACCCCCCUCUGACCGUAAAUCAUCUUUAAUCGUUUCUCAGCAACCUCAAGCCCAGCAGCGGAGAGUCACCCCAGACAGGAGCCAGACCUCACAGGAUUUGUGUAGCUACCAAGCAUUGUAUAGCUAUGUGCCACAGAACGAUGAUGAGUUGGAACUCCGAGAUGGAGAUAUUGUUGAUGUCAUGGAGAAAUGUGACGAUGGAUGGUUUGUUGGUACUUCGAGAAGGACGAGGCAGUUUGGUACUUUUCCAGGCAACUAUGUAAAACCUUUGUAUCUAUAAGAAGACUGAAAACCAUAGAGAUUAUUUUUCUCAGAGGAUGCAGCAUCAUUCAUGAACUGGUCUCUUUAAAAUAUUGUGUCAGUAGGAAAAGUAAUGCAUUUGGUAAAGAAUUCAAAAAGAGGAACAAAGAAGUGUGUUUAAACCCCACCAUGUAUUGGGGCUUAACUGUGUGCCGAGGAAAUCGGUAUUUACAUGGCUGCUUCUGGGAGCUGCUCCAGCCCCCACUGCUUGGGUAAUCUGAUAUGGAGUAGUGUCCACAGGCAGCAUUAGCCAAAAAUAUGCUCAGUCUUUAACCACUCUCAUUUCAAAGGGCCCCUGGGGCCAGAUAAGUCAAUCCCCAGCCAUGUUCCACAGGCCUCAAGUCUGAGCAUCACUGCCCACCCCUGCCUCUCUCCCUGGCUGUCCCAGAGCCAGCAGACUCCCAGUGCUGCUAGAGGCUGGUCUGGGUUCUGAGGUUUCCCUUCAGCACCAUGACUCCAGGUAAAGAAAUGCAGGCAGACCAGGCAUCCUGGCAUUCAGCCUGCUGGGUGACAUUGUACUUGACUGCCGUGUUUGUCCUGAGCUUGGAAGCAGGUGGCCAGGCAGAUGGGUUACAUUUGUGCUUCCAUGUGACUAAGCCAGUGACCUUGGGGCUCCGGAGGUCACUUGGAGUAGACUCCUUUCCUGGUCACCAUCACUGGCUGCGCAGGGUUGGAUGUGACUUUCUUCUCUGCUUUAGUGUGGACUUGAUACACCAGACUGGUCUCUAGUAGCCCUCUUAGCUGGCUGCUGGGGUACCAUGGUAAGGCUCUCUCAGACCUGGGAGGGGUCCCUAUGGAGGAGGUCAAAGACCACCCUGAAUGUUGUUUCUCCCUCCCCACCACCCCCGGCCAGGGAGUCCUGUCGCACAUGCCGAGGCCCCCAUUCGGAGCUGAGGUAUCAUACACAGGAAGCGGCUAUUCUGCUCCCCCUAAUGGCAAGCAGGAGUCUGUCCUGUGAGCCCUGGCUAUGAAGAGGGGACCCUUUGACACCUGGGUGUGAGUCACCACUCUGUUUCUCUGUUAGAUCCCUAAUUGACACAAAGAUAGGUAUGGCCUGUUCCCAGAGCUGGGCCUGCCAGCGGUUCAGCUGAGUGGAUAACACAGGAAAAAGAACCCAGUCUAGAGAGACUGUGAAACGUGCAGAGGGUGUGAGAAGGGAUGAGUUUCUCUGGGGGAGAGGGGUAACCCUAGAAUGCAUCGUCAGAGUUUCAUCUCCCUGGGCUCACUUCUGAACGAUGAGGAUGCUGGGAGAACCUUUGUCUGAGGGUAGUUUAUGUCUGGGAAUAGUUGGAAUUUUUUUCAGAGUCUCUUCUUAUUCUACCCACAUAUGCAAGGUCACGAACAUCAGGAAUUGUAGGCGAUAGGGGUAUACACUGGAACCCCUGGCUCUCUGCAUCUAGUUCAUAACCACGCUAACCACUGUCCCAAAGCCUGGAGUCUUUACAAGUCGGCAACAUUGUCUUGAGUGACUGCUGUCCCAGAUGGCAUAGGAUCCUACUUGCUGCCCCCACCACUGGUCAGCCACAGUUCUCCAAGGAGGCUCUCAGGAAAGAAAUUGCCACUCAUUGAGUCACACUGAAAAAUAAAUGGCCGAUAGGAGGAGUGUGUUAUCUCUUCCAGGAGACAUCAUUUUUAACUGACAGAAUAGAGCCUGUAAUCCGAAGGGGAAAAGGUGGGGAACUUGAGGGCAUACCAGCUUCUUGGGCAGGAAAGCUCUGGUGAUGCCAUGACCUGUUGCUUUGGGCAGGAAAGCUCUGGUGAUUCCAUGACCUGUUGCUUUGGGCAGGAAAGCUCUGGUGAUUCCAUGACCUGUUGCUUUGGGCAGGAAAGCUCUGGUGAUGCCAUGACCUGUUGCUUUGGAAGCUCUGCUUCACCAGCCAGUAGCACUGCUUUCUUUCUUUUCUUCCUUGCCCUUCUCAAGGGGAAUAUAGCAAAUCUAUACACAAUAAAUAAAUGCCUAUGUGCAUUUUUGCCCAUUUGGAAUGCAUUCCUUGCUCUCUCCUAGAUGCCAAUCAUGAAUAGUUGUAUUUACAUUUCCUUGGGGGUGCUUUUUGAUUUGGUAGGUAAUUUCAAACACCCCUUUAAAUACAGCUAGAAAAUAAAAACCAUUUUGUAAAAGCCACAUUUGCAUCCUUUGCCAGCCUCACACCUCCCCAAAUCCAGGUGUGCCCAUCUUUAAUAAGCUCUUUCCAGCUUCCUACAUAUGACAAAACCAGAAAGAGCGAAGAUUCCCAAUUACUCCUUUGUCUUCACACAUUUAGUAAUACAAAGUACCUAUCUAUUUUUAUGCUGAAAUGUUUAUACAGGUUUAUUAACAGCAAGUGCAACUAACUGGCAGCAUGCCUUGCAACGCAUUUUGAUAUAUUAGCCACGCUUCCAGGUAACAUGCCCUAAACUACUCACCUUUUGCAGUCUCUCUGAGAUCGGUAAAAGAAAAAAAAAAUAUCACAUGUUUGAGAAGUGGGACUGUAAAUAUGUAAUGUAUAUUUAACUUUGUGUAGCCUUGUAUAGAAAAAUAAUUUUUAAAACUUGAGCAGAAAGGGAGUAAAAUAAGGAAGUCAUGAAGGGCUGUUUUAUUUUUUUUUUUUCACUUUUAUUUAAAUGAAGGAAUUUCAAAUCAUUCACCUGCAGACUUUUAGCACAAAACUAGACAUUGGAAAUUGUUGACAUAUAUAAUUGUUCUUUGGGGGAGAGAAGACAACUAUAAUAUAAUUUACUGUUUUCCUUUUGCAGUUCUAUUUAUCUGCAGCAGUACUAAAUCCUAUGCUGGAAUAGGUUAAUACCAAAAAAAUAAAAGAUUAUAUUCAGAAAAAAAAAAUAACCUGACAUAUGUAACCUAUUAAGGUAUUGCAUUUCAAUACACACCAAGCGCAUGUACUAUGCAGACACAGGUUUUUCUGUUCAUUUAUUUUUCUUUAUUGCAGUGGAUUGAUUUGGUAGACUUGUUGAAUUACUACUUUGCUGUACAUAUUAUUUAAUAAACUUUAUUCUGAA